GCAGAAUUUGUUUACUGUAUGCAAACCUUUGACAACAUCAACAAAUAUGUAUUUAUAUCCUUAAUUGCGGGUUUGAUGUAUUUGAAGAAACUACUUGACUGGCACACAUUAUCACAGCUUGAUCCUGGAGCAAGGCAGAGUUUACUACACAACAACAGCUAAUGGAUUUAAAUGCCACGCGUACACAAAGAUGGUGAUCAUUUUCUUGGGAAAACAGACUUGGGGGGUUUAUAAGUGCUUUCAAAACCCACGGUGUUGAUAAAGAGCAGUAGGUGGCAGUCUAUACCGUUCAGAAAAGGCUCGCACGUCUGCGGAGAGCCUGAGGCGGCGGGGCUCAGAUUUCAGAUGGCAGCCAGGAUCCUGAGAAGAUCGUCAUUGCUGACCCCCAUGCUGACAGUCUGGUAGAGUGUCUGGACUCGAGGCCUGAAGGCAACCUUAUCUACUCCAUAAACUGCCGCCCGCCCUGGUACCUCUGCAUUCUUCUGGGUUUCCAGCAUUACAUAUUGGCGUUCGGUGGUAUCCUGGCAAUUCCUCUUAUCCUAGCUGAGCCGUUGUGCAUCAAAGAGAACAACUCUGCCAAAAGUCAGCUCAUCUCCACCAUCUUCUUCGUCUCAGGCAUGUGCACUUUGCUACAGACCACCCUUGGGACCAGGUUGCCGAUCCUCCAAGGGGGGACGUUCACCUUCAUUACCCCCACCUUGGCUAUCCUUGCCCUUCCGAAGUGGAGAUGCCCAGACACGAGUGCCACUCCUCACCUCAACGCCACAGAUUCUGCAGCGCUCCUCGUGGAUGCUGAUGAGGUGUGGAAAGUCCGCAUCCGUGAGAUCCAGGGUGCCAUUCUAGUGGCCUCAAUGCUUCAGCUUGUUCUGGGCCUGUCGGGUCUCGUGGGCCUAGUGUUGAGGUUCAUCGGGCCGCUGGCCAUUGCUCCCACCAUCAACCUCAUCGGAUUGUCGCUCUUCAUCCAGGCCGGGCAGAAGUCAGGAGCCCACUGGGGAAUUGCAGCUUUGACCGUUUGCCUGAUCCUUCUCUUCUCCCAGUAUUUGAGCAAAGUUAACCUUCCUCUCAUAGCUUAUAAGGACAAGAAGUGGAAAGUCUUCCAGUACCCUCUCUUCAAACUCUUUUCUGCUUUAUUUGGGAUGUGUGGAGCCUGGCUGGUGUGCUUCCUGCUGACAUAUUUCAAUGCCCUGCCCUCAUCUCCAAAUGAGUACGGCUACAUGGCCAGGACGGACAUCAAUCUUGAUGCAGUAAAAAGUGCUGCAUGGUUCUAUGUGCCUUAUCCAGGACAGUGGGGUUUGCCGACUGUGAGUGUGUCGUCUGUACUGGGCAUGAUGGCUGGAGUACUGGCUUCAACAAUGGAGUCCAUUGGAGACUAUUAUGCGUGCGCUCGUCUCUCUGGAGCGCCUCCACCGCCCACGCAUGCUAUUAACCGUGGCAUUGCGGUGGAAGGCGUGGGCUGCAUCUUGGCUGCCCUGUGGGGUAGUGGUAAUGGCACCACCUCCUACAGUCAGAAUAUCGCUGCUCUGGGAAUUACAAGGGUUGGCAGCAGAUUGGUACUUCAGACCACCGGGCUUCUUAUGAUCAUCUUGGGACUCUUUGGUAAAUUCAGCGCAGUUUUUAUAACUAUUCCAGACCCGGUCAUUGGUGGAAUGUUCCUCGUCAUGUUUGGGAUGGUAGCAGCAGUGGGAAUUUCCAAUCUUCAGUAUGUGGAUUUGAACUCCUCCAGGAAUCUCUUGAUUCUUGGCAUCUCAACCUUCAGUGGUCUUGUGCUCCCAACCUGGUUUCAUUCAAACCCAGGCAUGAUUGACACAGGCAUAAAAGAGCUGGAUCAGCUCAUAAUGAUUCUCUUCACCACCCACAUGUUCAUCGGUGGGUUCUUUGGGUUUGUUUUGGACAACACAAUUCCAGGAACAGAAGAAGAAAGAGGAAUAAAGAGCUGGAGGAAAGCGGCUCAUGAAGGCUCUCAAAUACACGUCAGCGAUCACUCCUGUUACAAUUUGCCUUUCUGUACAAACUUUAUUCAGAGGUUCAAAUUGCUCCACUACCUCCCAUUUCUCCCGUCAGUUAAGUCACAGGAACUGGGAACGCAUCUGUAGCGCCGGAGCUUCCUGUGGUGAGGCUUAGUUUUUGAAUGGCACAAUCGGGGCAAGAGGUGAGCAACAUUCAGGCCCGGCUCCAGAGUUAAACUGAUCAAAACCGCCACAGAAUUGCUGUGAUUAUCCACGCAAAAUACAUGAAGAUCUAAACUUCAUUAUGUAACCUAUUGGUAAAUUUACACCAUAAAAUCAAAGUUACUUUUUCAAAUAAGUAACAUGCAUUACUAAACCCUUUGGUUUCCAUUUUGGAAAUCUAGGCAUUUUGUGUAAUUUGAGUUCUUGAGCAUGUGAUCACGAUGCCUGUACAUGACGUACAGAAAGUGACGAAGUCCCACACUAAGAUUUAGAUUUCAAAAAGUUCAUGAUACUGAUAAUAAAUCAAAAUGAGCCCUUUUGCGUCAGUGAAAUCCAGUUGCGCUUGUUAUUUGUAGCAGGUAAAAUAACAUGUCACCUCAGGGCUGUAACGGAUUUGCUCUGUCCUGGAGCUCACAGGUACCGUUGCCAUAAACUUUGCUGUUGUCAUGACAACCAUUGCGCACAUUUUGAGAAAUAACCUAUUUGUCAUUGCAUGCCAGCUUUGUUGGCAUACUUAUACAACACGAUUCUUUUUUCUCAGCUUUAUAUGAGCUUUUGCUGGUGUUGAUAUAUGAAAUAUCUAAGCAUUAAUAUCAUUCAUUUGAUAUUUGAGCCAGGCCUGGUGUCUUUUCAGUUCUGCUUUGUGAUGUUAAUUAAAUUUAGUAAAUUGGGUAGAGAAAUGUACUACUACACAAGAAAUGUCAUGUCAGUUCUGUGAGAACUGCGCAUGAGGCAUAUGAAAUCCAUAUUGUUUCUUUGAACACAUUUCAAUUUAAAUUUUUGAUCCUGAUUUAUACUUACAUAAUUAUAACCACGCGAAUCAAUUUUUAGAUAUAUUUUAUUUUAGACUUGUGGUUUUGUGCACAAUAUUUAAUUCAUAUAAAUAAAUGCAUUUUUAAAAAUAGUUUUAGUUAGAAUAGUUUUAUGAUUAUUUUAAUGAUUAAUGUUUUGUUUUUUUACAUGUCUGUGCAUAUAAACAGAUCUGUCACAUUUCAGCAGGAUUCCUUUUACAAAAAUUAUGAAAUAUUCUUUAAAAACUCUUGCUAAACAGAGGACUGUGGUGCUGUCCUCAAAUGCAAAUGUAACUAUUAUUUUGCACACUUGUGCAUUUAAAUGACUGUGUGCUGAAAAUAGACAAAAGCAACGAUUCCUUUCAAGCUGAAUUUUUAGAUCAAAGGCAAGAAGGCCUGUGAAUAAAUACAUCAGAUUAUGUUUAUCUUCCUUGAACUGGAGGAUGUAGUUCAUGUUUACAUUUGUACCCAAAUGACUUGUCUUCCAGUUAGUUUUGUUAAAAUUUUAUUGUAUUUGUAUGUUUUAUUGUAAGAUGUAUUGUUUUUAUCUUGGAAACUAAUACUCUGAGAGAUAAUUACUUUUACUUCUUUUGAAAAAUGUCAUGAAAGUGAACCAAUAUUGAGUCCAAUAUUCUUUUGUUUCUUAAUAUUAUCAUCUUUUGUUUUCUGCAGAAGAAAGUCAGAGGUUUAGAAUGACAUGGGUGUGAAUAAAUAAUGCCAAAAGUUUCAUUUUUGGGUG